GCUGCGCCGAGGGAGGGCGGAAGUCGGCGUGGGUUUGUCCUGGCCCCGGCCCCGGCCCCGGCCCCGGCCCGGCGAAUGCAGAUUUUAGCUGCCAGGACCUAAAGUAGAAGCUUAAGAGAAGGAGCCAUAGCACUUUGACUUACUCACUGGAUUUGUUGGAAAUGGAAAAGAUGGCAGAUGAAUUGAAGACAGAGACUGAAAACCUCAAUCCAGAACAGAGCAUGUCUUCCACAGGACUGGAAGAUGACCUUGGCAAGCUCUUGGGUCAGGAGACACUUCUCCCAAAGUUGGGCAGUAUUGAUCUGGAAAGAGAACUAGAUGCCAAAAGUGAGCUGAUUGAUGAUAAAGAGUUCAAUAUUCCUCAGGUGGAUACCCCACCGACGCUGGAAAGCAUAUUGAAUGAGACUGAUGAUGAAGAAGAGACUUUUGUGCUGGAGGAUCCCUCGCUUUUGAACAUCGAUAAUAUCGACACACACUCUUACGACACGUCUUCAGUGGCGAGCUCUGACAGUGGAGACCGGGCACACAUGAAAAGAAAGAAAAGGCUCCCUGAUUCUUUUUCUCUCCAUGGAUCUGUCAUACGACUUUCACUUCUGAAAGGAAUUUCUGCCCAAAUAGUUUCUGCUGCGGACAAAGUGGAUGCUGGCUUGCCUACUGCCAUAGCAGCAUCAAAUCUGAUUGCUGUGGGGACUUCUCAUGGGUUGGCAUUAAUUUUCGGUUUGACUAAGAUGAGGCAAGAUCUAAUGUUUCAGACAAGAUCCUUCAAAAAUCAGUCAGGAGAAACUGAGAUGUGUUCAGUAGACAUCUGUGUGGUGUUUGGAACAAAGCUAGAUGAUUUUCCCAUAUAUCAGAACCAGGCUCUUCGGCUUUGUCUCGGCAGCACAGCUGUUGGUGCCCAGUACGGGGCUAUCUCAGCUCUCAGUAUCAAUAAUGACUGCUCGAGACUUCUGUGCGGCUUUGCAAAAGGACAGAUUACUAUGUGGGAUCUGGCUAGUGGGAAACUUCUGAGAUCAAUAACAGAUGCUCAUCCCCCAGGAACAGCCAUUUUGCACAUCAAGUUCACAGACGACCCGACCCUUGCGAUUUGCAACGACAGCGGAGGCUCUGUCUUCGAACUGUCAUUUAAGAGAGUGAUGGGAGUGAGAACCUGCGAGUCUCGGUGUCUGUUCAGCGGAUCCAAGGGGGAAGUUUGCUGUAUUGAGCCUUUGCACGCAAAGACAGAACUGAGAGAUCAUCCUAUUACCCAGUACUCCCUGCUAGCAAUGGCCUCCUUGACUAAGAUCCUUGUCAUUGGGUUGAAGCCAUCUCUGAAAGUGUGGAUGACUUUUCCAUAUGGUCGUAUGGAUCCCUCCAGCGUUCCUUUGCUGGCUUGGCACUUCGUUGCUGUACAGAACUCGGUAAACCCCAUGCUUGCCUUCUGUCGUGGAGAUGUGGUUCAUUUUCUUUUGGUAAAGAGAGAUGAUUCGGGUGCAAUACAUGUUACUAAGCAGAAGCAGCUGCAUCUGCAUUACGACCUCAUCAAUUUUACUUGGAUGAAUUCGCGCACGGUGGUGCUUCUGGAUAGCGUGGAGAAGCUCCAUGUGAUAGAUCGCCAGACGCAAGAGGAGUUGGAGACCAUAGAGAUUUCAGAGGUUCAGCUAGUCUACAACAGCAGUCACUUCAAAUCACUGGCCACAGGGGGCAAUGUCAGCCAGGCUCUGGCACUUGUUGGGGAAAAAGCCUGCUAUCAGUCGAUCAGCAGCUGUGGCAGUCAGAUUUUCUACCUUGGUACAAAGUCCGUUCAUGUGAUGACACUAAGGAGCUGGAGGGAGAGAGUGGAUCACCUUCUGAAACAAGAAUGUCUUACUGAGGCCCUGGCUCUAGCUUGGUCUUUUUAUGAAGGUAAAGCAAAGGCUGUUGUAGGGUUGUCCGGAGAUGUCGGCAAGCGAAAGGCAGUCAUUGCAGACAGAAUGGUUGAAAUCCUUCUCCAUUACACUGAUCGAACUCUGAAGAAGUGUCCCGACCAGGGAAAAAUCCAAGUGAUGGAACAACAUUUUCAGGACAUGGUGCCCGUCAUAGUCGAGUACUGCCUCUUACUUCAGCGCACGGAUCUUUUAUUCAGCCAGGUAUAUGACAAGAUGAGUGAGAAUUCUGUGGCCAAAGGGGUUUUCCUGGAGUGCCUGGAGCCAUACAUUUUAAGUGGCAAGCUGAUCGGAAUGACAGCUCAAGUGAUGAAAGACUUGCUGCUUCACUUCCAAGAUAGGAACCUGUUGGAGAACAUGGAGGCCUGCAUUGUGCACAUGGAUAUCACCAGCCUCGACAUACAGCAGGUAGUUCUUCUUUGCUGGGAAAAUCAUCUCUAUGAUGCCAUGAUCUAUGUCUAUAACAGUGGAAUGAAUGACUUCCUUAGUCCAAUGGAGAGGUUGUUCAAAGUCAUCGCUCCUCCACUGAGUGCUGGGAAGUCUCUCACAGAUGAGCAGGUCGUGAUGGGCAACAAGCUUCUAGUUUAUAUAAGCUGCUGUUUGGCAGGUCGUGCUUACCCGUUGGGUGAUAUUCCUGAAGAUCUGGUUCCCUUGGUUAAAAACCAGGUCUUUGAGUUUCUUAUCCGCCUCCACUCAGCCGAGGCAUCCACUGAUGAAGAAGUUUAUCCCUAUGUUCGUACACUGCUGCACUUUGACACCCGGGAGUUCCUUAACGUCCUUGCACUGACUUUUGAAGAUUUCAAGAAUGACAAGCAAGCGGUGGAGUAUCAACAGAGAAUCGUGGAUAUCCUGCUAAAAGUCAUGGUGGAAAAUUCUGACUUCACCCCAUCGCAGGUUGGGUGUCUCUUUACCUUCCUUGCUCGGCAGCUCGCCAAGCCCAACAACACGUUGUUUGUGAACAGGACACUUUUUGAUCAGGUCCUUGAAUUUCUGUGCAGUCCUGAUGAUGAUUCCCGACACUCCGAGAGACAGCAGGUCCUGUUAGAACUGCUGCAGGCUGGGGGAAUAGUACAGUUUGAAGAGAACCGUCUCAUCCAAAUGGCAGAAAAAGCUGAAUUCUACCAAAUUUGUGAGUUUAUGUAUGAACGGGAGCAUCACUAUGACCGAAUCAUUGAUUGUUACCUGCGUGAUCCAGUGAGAAAGGAAGACGUUUUCAACUACAUCCACAAUAUUUUGUCCAUUCCUGGAUACAGUGCAGAGGAGAAGCAUUCAGUGUGGCAGAAAGCUCUGGAACAUAUGGAGGAGCUGCUUUUGCUGAGCCCUAGCAAAGCUGCAGACCUGAUCACCACGCACUUCAAUGAUCAGCUUGAAGGGAUCAUUAACAACCUUCAGGUGACAUCUGCAGGGCAGCCACCAGGAGUCCUAUUUAUGCCUUUACAUCCUUUUGGAAGCCUCCAGGGUAGAUGGUGCACUUGGCUGAGUAGUCCUACAGUUCCUAUUCAUCCAGGGGACUUGGAUGUCCACCGCCAGGACCAGUUCUUGCUUUUCCAGUUUUUGAGGAGUCUUCUUGACCCGAGGGAAGGAAUCAAUCAGGAUCUGAUCCACGUAUCUCCCUGCAUCACUGAGCAGUUCAUUGAGUUGCUGUGUCACUACAGUCCUGACCAGGUUUUAGAGAUGCUACAAGUCCUGGAGUUCUACAGACUGGAGGAAACCAUUCAGACCACUCAGAAACACCAACUCCAUGAAGCUUCCUCAUACCUCUUGGAAAAGAAAGGAGAUGUCCAUGGUGCCUUCUUGGUAAUGCUUGAGCAACUGCAAAGCAAGCUGCUGGUGCUUACACAGGAAGAUGAAAAUUCAACACAAUCCGAUUCAGUAAAGGAUAUUGAAGCUACCUUACUGAAAACAAUUGCACUUUGCCAGAGGAAUUCACAUAAUUUAAACCAGCAGCAGCGAGAGGCUCUCUGGUUUCCCCUCCUGGAGGCUAUGAUGUCGCCACAGAAACUGUCAGGUUCUUCAGCCUCAUGCCGAUACUCUGAACAUCUGAAGAAUUUGACCAUGCAGGUGCUCAACAACAUGGCUGCUUUUAUUGCCCUUCCAUCAAUCCUGCAGAGAAUUCUACAGGAUCCUGUUUAUGGUAAAGGGAAACUUGGAGAAAUUCAGGGACUUGUACUGGGGAUGCUGGAUACGUUUAACUAUGAGCAGACCCUUCUAGAGACUACCACUAACCUCCUAAACCAUGAUCUCCACUGGUCCCUUUGCAACCUGAGAGCCUCUGUCACCAGAGGGCUGACCCCGAAACAGGAUUAUUGUUGUAUCUGUCUGCAGCAAUACAAGAGAAGGCAAGAGACCUCUGAUGAAAUCAUUGUCUUCAGCUGUGGCCAUCUCUACCACUCCCUCUGCCUGCUGAGUAAAGAAUGUGGCCUGGAAACCCAAGGGCUGAUGAGAUGGACUUGCUACAAAUGCAACUCCAGUAACAAAGCGGGGAAGCUAUGUGAGAGCUUCUCAGAGUUGAAAAAAGGAAGCAGCACAUCUCUGGCUCAGGCAAGUUCAGAGUCUGCGUUGGAUCCCCAGCAAAUCCAGGCCUUUGAUCAACUCUGCCGACUUUACCGGGGAACCUCCAGGUUGGCUCUCCUGACAGAGCUGUCCCGGAGUCGUGGUGGAGAAAGGCCCGGGCCUCUCAGCGUCUCACAAGGCGACUCUGCCCUGAGCAGCGUUUUUCAGAAUGAGAAUUUCCAGCUGCACCUUGCUCCCCCUCCAUUCACAGAGGAGUAGCUGUCUUUCCUGGUGAGGCCCAUGGCAGCUGCAGAGCACUGUGGGACAAUUCCUGCCAUCGAUGCAAGAGACUGAGUGACUGAUGCAGAGAUCUGUCAUGCUUGUUCAGAUUUGCGGGUCUGUGCAAAUGUAACUUCCUUUUGUGAGAUUGCUUUGUGAUCAGCGGGUUUAUAACAAUAGGCCAUCUCUAUUAGGAUCCCUCUGUCAGCCUCUUUGUCCUCUGGAAGCUAUGAACUCUUUGGCAAAUCCAUCGGUGACAAGUACAAGGUCUUGGGGCAGCUGUACUAAUCCCUGGAGCUACUGUUUCUCCAGUCGGAGUAAACCCAAAUGCCUGGAAUCCAUGCCACGUCCGUUCUUAUUCCCAGAGAAUGCAUACUGUCCCACACGCCAAGUCAGCAUAUCUUGAGCUGCUGCCUUAACACAUAUGAGGGAAGUGGAUAAUUAACUUGAGUUGAAUUUCAGUAUCAGUAAAAGCAGUAGAGAGAAGAAAUUCCUGCCUCAUAAGGAGUUUGCAAAUACAGAAUAGUGGAUCAGAUAGAAGUGGGUGGUUUCACUGCAUGGAGCACCGUGGACCUGGGAGGACUUGUGUGCAACACUCCUGUGAAAUUCCAUUUAGUAAUGAUAAUAAUAAUAAUAAAAAAAUCCUGUCCUUUAA